AUUUAUAAACCUUAUUUUCUUGUUUCAAAACCCUAUUUACAUUUUUCUAUACCCUGGAAGGAAUGGAACGGAGAUGUACUCAGAAUCAAAUCAGGUAAAGCUACAAUAUUUCUAACUUCAAACGCCUUCUUCCAUAAUCACGUCACUGAAGAUCAUGUAGUAAGUACAUCACAAAGCUGGGCCUAGAAAGUUUCAGAAUAUCCUAAAGAAUGAGGACUGCAAAACUCCCUACGCGUUAUUUGAUCGUCAUUUUGACCUUCGUCUGUACAUCCGUGUGCUACAUCGAACGUGUGGGCUUUUCAAUUGCAUAUACGAUUGCUGCAGAUGCUGCAGACGUUAGUCAGUCGAGCAAAGGCACGAUACUGUCGGUAUUCUAUUAUGGGUAUGCUUUUUCACAGGUCCCCGGUGGGUGGGCUGCACAAAAGAUCGGGGGCAGGCGUAUUCUCCUUUUUUCGUUUGUGAUAUGGUCUCUAACUUGUGCAUUGUGUCCGUUAGACCCGAAUAGAGUGACGGCUCUAGUUAUAGCCCGCUUGCUUGUUGGGGUAGCUCAAGGGUUUAUUUUCCCUUCUAUUCACACCGUUUUAGCACAGUGGGUUCCACCACAUGAACGGUCACGGUCGCUUUCUCUCACAACAUCUGGAAUGUACCUCGGUGCUGCUCUGGGCAUGCUUAUCCUCCCUAGUUUAGUGAAGUUUAACGGCCCGCAAUCCAUAUUUAUAGCCGAAGCGGUGUUAGGCAUCACAUGGUCGCUUCUUUGGUUCAGAUUCGCUAACGACCCACCUCGUUCCGAGCAUCCGAAAGCAACCGCAGCUGGUUUUGGAGAAUCGUUGUUGCCAGUUAGAGAUGGUCAAAAGACGAAAGCGGAUCGAACUAUGCAUAUCCCGUGGAGGAAGAUCUUUCUCAGUUUACCAGUUUGGGCAAUCGUUGUGAACAAUUUCACGUUUCAUUACGCUUUAUAUGUGCUUAUGAAUUGGUUGCCGACAUACUUCGAACUUGGCUUGAAUUUCAGUCUACAAGAAAUGGGCUCGUCGAAGAUGAUGCCGUAUCUGAACAUGUUCGUUUUCUCAAAUAUCGGUGGGAUUAUUGCUGACCACUUGGUGACAAAAAGAAUCUUGAGUGUGACAAACACAAGAAAACUUCUAAACACUGUGGGCUUUUUAGUGUCCGCGUUUUCAUUAAUGGCACUUCCGCUUUUUCGAACAUCUGGCGGGGUGGUGUUUUGUUCUUCCAUGGCUCUUGGUUUCUUGGCGUUAGGGAGAGCUGGAUUUGCGGUGAAUCACAUGGAUAUUGCGCCUCGAUAUGCUGGGAUUGUGAUGGGAGUCUCGAAUACAGCCGGUACUUUAGCGGGUAUUGUAGGGGUUGAGUUGACCGGUCAGCUUCUAGAAGCUGCAAAAAGUAACAAUUCAGAUCUUUCAAGUCCUGAUAGUUGGAGGGCAGUCUUUUUUAUACCGGGAUUGCUCUGUCUUGCGAGUGCGUUUGUUUUCCUCGUAUUUUCAACCGGGGAGAGAAUAUUUGAUUAAGGUUGGUUUGUCGAUUGUCGCACAUAACUCAUAGGCUGCGAUUUUAUUAGAUUAUCAUUUAUUCCAUAGAAUAUCUUCCCAAUUAUUACCAUUUUCCUGGCUCCAUAGUUUACUGAAGAACGAUGUAUAUUCGAGUUUACACACAACCAAAGUUGUAUUGGUGCGCUGGAGACGUUUAUUUUGUCUCCAGACCCUAGAUCUUGUAACAGUAGAUUUACUGAUUUUCAGCACCAGGAUUCCUGUUUAUGCUGAUUUUAAUUAUAUAUGUCGCGCUUUUUCCUUA